UAUGUUAGAGAAAUUUUUUGUUUUCGGCCAAAGUCACGUCAAAGAAAAUUCUUGUUGACCUGAAUACGUGCAAUAUGCGUCAUGCAACAAUCUGCAUCCCUUACCAUGGAUGGAUGGAUAAUCGUGAGUUUUUUUGAAAUAAAAUAGAGGUUUAAGAGGAGAAAGUGAAGACAAUCUUUCAGUCUGUUAGGUAUUCUGGGAACUGUGAAUGCUCCAUGGGGGAAAGCUCAUGCAAAUUCCUUAGCCAAAGAACGCGUUUGGAAGAAAGGCUUCAGUUUGACCAGUUGGCUGUUCCAAACACGGCAUUGAAAAUGUCUGAAAAUGGAUCCUUCCUUUUUCUUUUUUUUCCCCCGCCUACCCUCCUCCGUCCUCGUGAGCCGUACCCUGACCAUUGGACCCUCUUUCAUUUUUCUUUAGAAUUUACGAAAAUGUUCCGCAGCUUCCCUUGUCACAAGUAAUUCCUUAAUUAGCUGAUUUCUUCUCCAAAAUCAUCACUUCAAACAAGGCAGAUGUAAGCUUCCUGCAGAGCCCUCCUCCCCUUUCCACAUUUUACAAAACCCAACUCUUUCCUUUCUCAUUCUACUAUCUAUAUACAUAGACAGACAGAUAAGGCUUAUAUUUUCCAAAGUCCUCAAGUGAUCUCUUGUGCCCAUGAAGAAGGAUGCAUUUUCAUCAACUCCACCAGUGCUUGAGAAACCUAAAUCUGCUUUAGAGAGACUAUGGAAGAAAAACUCCCCUGCUGAGGCAGAGAAACCUGCCUUGCCGGUCUCUCCUGACAUCCCCAGGAGCAGAAAAUUCGAACGGAUCUUCAGAUACUUGGAUGAGAAUGGAGAUGGGAAUAUUUCUCCCACCGAGCUACUUUCUUCUAUGAAGAUGGUUGGCGUCGAGUUGUCUGUAGAGGAGGCUGAGGCUGUGGUCCAGUUAACAGACUCCGAUGGAGACGGGCUGUUGGGUUUUGAGGACUUUGUUAAACUAAUUGAAGUGGAUGGAGAAGAGGAGAAGAGGACAGACCUCAGGGAGGCCUUUGGGAUGUAUGAGAUGGAAGGGUCUGGUUGUAUUACACCCAAGAGCCUGAAGAGGAUGCUUAGUCGCUUGGGUGAGUCGAAGACAAUGGAGGAAUGCACGGCUAUGAUUCGUCAGUUUGAUCUCAAUGGCGAUGGUGUGCUUACCUUUGAUGAAUUCACGGUGAUGAUGCUAUGAUAGCCUGUAUAUAUAAAUUUUCAUCGUUGAACACCAUCGGACUACUAGGAUUUAAACCAUUCAUUUAUUCAAUAUUGCUUUCUUCAUCCUUGUAUUCUAUAGCUUGAUUAUUCAUCAUUUUUCUUCA